UUUGACGUUUGGACUGUUUGACAACCAUCUCGCAGACACUCGUUCCUCUUUUCGAUGCGAGGAUGGGCGGGCCCCAGCUCCCCGCAGAUAAUCCGCGCCAUAGAUGUUAACCUGACCCCAUCUCCCCAUCGUUAAUGUAAAACUAAAACUAGAUCAAAUCUCCUCCUUUUUCCUUCUUUCGUUCUUUUUCUGUCAACAACAACAAUCCCGUUUAACAUUUACCUAACCCCACGUAGAAAGCCAUGGUUGCUGCAGUUGCUAAUGAAGGAGGGGGUUUGGAGAGCUGGGCCGACUGGUUCAAGAAGGACUAUCGGCGUCCUAUCUUUUUUUGCGCCUUGAUCAGUAUUGCCCCAGUCGCGUACGGUUACGAUGGUACCUAUUUCACUUCUUUGCUUGAGACACCUGUCUUUGUUGAGCAAUUCGGCGAUAACACUGGCAAUGGCACUUAUGCUCUUUCAAGCAGCGAUCAGUCCCUUUGGGUUUCUAUCAUUCAGGUCGGUGAGGUUGUUGGUUCUUUGGGAGCUGGUCCUAUCGGUGACUACUCUGGUCGAAAGGGUGGUAUCUUCUCUGCCAUCGUCCUUCUCGCCAUUGGUGUCGUCCUUCAAAUGAUCAUUGUCGGCAGCUCCGCUCUUCUUACUGUUGGCCGUCUUAUUGCUGGUAUGGGCAUUGGUAUCAUUUCCAACGCUGCUCCUCUUUAUUUAUCAGAAAUCCCUCCCAUGGAGAUUCGAGGUGCUUGUGUCUCAAGUUGGCAACUUAUGCUUGCGAUUGGUCAGGUUAUCGGUGCCGGUGUCGGUUUGGGAACACAUACCAUGUCUUCCACGGCAUCGUGGCGUAUCCCAGUCGCGCUCAACUUGGUCUGGGUCGUCCUCCUCUUCGUCGUCCUCUUUAUCGUUCCCGAAUCUCCUCGAUGGCUUCUAUACAAGGGCAAGGAGGCCAAGGCUGAGCGGGCUCUUAACAAGAUCCACGGCGGUUCUGAAUAUAGGGAUGUUUUGGUGUCUGAGCAACUUGCGAUUUUGAACAAGUCUAGGGAGGAGGAGGCCGAGGCUUCUAGUGGCGAGUCCAAGUGGAGUGAUCUUUGGAAGAACCCUGUCGAGCGCCGAAAGUUCUUCGCUACUGUCGGUAUCCUCGUCUCGCAGCAGAUCUCUGGUGUUCAAUUCAUUUUCUCCUACACCACCACCUUUUUCGCUCUCGUCGGUAUUUCAGAUACCUUCAUCAUCACCAUCAUUGUCGACUGUAUUGAGGUCCUUGGUGUCAUUGCGAGUUUCUUCGUUGUCGAGAGGUGGGGUCGACGGCCUUUGCUUAUCUACACUGGUAUCUUCAUGUUCAUCACCCUUCUGAUUGUCGGCGCCAUGGGUGCUGUUUCUGGUCAGGGUGACCGGUUUGAGCCCUACUUGGCUGACCACCCGUCGCUCGGUAAGGCCGUUGCUGCCAUGAUCUGUCUUUAUGUGUUCGCCUUUAACCUUUCUUGGGGUCCUCUCGCUUGGGUCGUUGCGGCCGAGAUGUCUACUGGUCGAAACCGUCAGAAGCACCUUUCCAUCGGUACCGCCAUGUUCUGGGUCUCCGCCUGGGUUGUCACUUUUACUCUUCCGUAUCUUUUCCAGCCCGACGAAGCUGGUUUGGGUCCUAUGAUUGGUUUUAUCUACGCUUUCGGUGGAUUUCUGUCGGUUGCUUUUGUCUACUUUUUUAUUCCAGAGACCCAGGGCCGAACCUUGGAAGAAAUCAACUUCAUGAUGGAGGCUCGGAUUCCCACUAGACAAUGGAAGGGCUAUGACCUCGCCACAGUUGUUGCCAGGGACGAGAAGAAGAUUACGCGUGGUGAGGCUGAGCACCUCGAAAAGGUAGACGAGUUGGAAAGACCUCAGAAUAAGAGGUUUAUGAGCUUGUUUGCUGCCGAUUCUGAAAGCUCCUAGGCUCUACAUAGAUCUGUAAACGUAUCGUACCCGUGAUUGAAAAAAGAGAUCCAUCUCAAAUGUAACUUGAUGUAGCGCUU